CCUGCAGUGCUCCUGCGAACGGGAUUCGGCUGCUGCUGCCUCGGGAGAGAGCGUGGGUUUGGUGUUAUAUGAUGGGGAACUGAGGGGGUACGACUUCUCCAGACUUUCCCAGUGUUCUGUCCUUCAGCGUUUGGACGUGCGCGGUUGCAGCUCCCCUUCCCCUCAUAGUUUCAUGGGAGUUAAACUUUGGGCCGCCUGGAAUGUUCAGGUUAAAAUGUGGGCGCCAGUUGUUAACAGACAAAAUUUUACUUAUUCUCGUUUGAUUUACCUAGUGAAUCAGUCACAUUUCUUUGGAAGAGGAAGUUUACGCUAUGUCUAUUUCCUCUGUAUGUAUGUAUAUUUACACCUGCUGUUUAUGUAUAUUUCACACGCACAGUGUAAAUGAUCGGCAGUUCGGGAUGUUCAGAAAUUUCACGAAUGUUUCAGAAUUUUUCACGAAAUGAGGGCUAGGAUGUGCUGUGCUGGACUGCGGAAUCUUCUCCAAGAGCUGAGCUUCGGUGCCAAGUACUACUCCAAGCAUAACCCUCCUCAAACAGUGUGUCUUUUCAGUAAAAUUGCUCCAAAAAAGUGCCACAUCCUGGGCUAUUCAAAAAGCACAUGCACCCACAGGACUGCGCCACCUGGAAGCAUCCUGCCGUGCAGAUUCUUUUCCUGCAAGCAGGAAGGAACAAAAGUCCUUUCCAAAAAGAAGCAAAAUACAUCCAUGGUAACUUCAGAACUUUUGCACAAGAACCUUCUGAAAUCAGAGCAAAAAAACUGGAAUAACAUUUCACCGAGAUACAAAACUAUGACAAAGAGGAUCAAAGAAAAACUGGAAGAAUUGCACAACAUGUAUACACUCAAUUCCAGAAGCCCAAGGAUCAGGUUUGGAGAAAAUGUGUACUUUGAAGAGAAUGGCUGCAUAUUUCUUGCAAAAGCAGAUGAUGGUGAGGGAAAUGCUAAGAUUUUAUUCAGUAUUGAAGAUCUUGGCUUUUCUGAUGCCUUUAUUCAACGGAUCAGAAUUUCACCAGAUCAGAGAUACAUGGCCAUCAGCUUAAAAAGUGAAAAUUCUGAAGAGGCAACCUGCAUUAUUAUGAAACUUGGUAAUCUUCCUGUAGUGGAAAAAGUAAUUUCAAGUGUAUUUAGCUUUGAAUGGGCUGCAAAUGAUGUUCUGUAUUACACAGCUCAGAAGAACCUUAAAUGCCAGAAUGUAUUCAUGACCACUUUCACUUACCAGAAACAUACUAAGUUAGUUUAUACAGAACAAGAUGCAAGAUUCUUUGUAGACCUUUAUUGCACAAAAGACAGGCGUUUUCUCACUAUCAACAGCAACAGCAAGACAACCUCAGAAGUUUGGCUGGUUGACUGCAGACAUCCCUUUGAGUCACCUGCUCUUGUACAAGCACGAACCACGGGGCUCAUGUACCACGUUGAGCACAGGAAGGACCAGUUGUACAUUCUUACUACAUAUGGAGAACCUGCAGAAUAUAAGUUGAUGAAGGCACCAGUAGCUUCCAGUGGCAAGAAGAACUGGCAGUUAGUUUAUGCACUGGAAAGGAAAACCAAGCUAGUAGACUUUGAGAUGUUCAGUGAUGACUGUAUUAUGUUCCUGAAGAAUGCUGGUCAUCUUUACUUAAAUGUGAUUUCCUUUGUUUCACACUCAGUUCAGUCGAUAAAGCUACCUACGUGGGCCUGUGAAUUUGAAUUGGAAUCUCAUCCUGAACAUACCACCAGCACCUGCUAUUUUCAGCUCUCCUCCCCAGUACACCCCCCUAAGCGUUUUGCAUAUUCAUUUAAAGAAAAUAAUCUCAUUGAGCAAGCUGUGCAAGAGGUACCAAUUAUUACAAAUUGUCACACUACACGUUUACUAGCUAAAAGCAAGGAUGAAACUUUGGUGCCAAUUACAGUUUUUCAUAAUAAGAAUUCUAAAGAACUACACAGGAGACCACUUCUAGUUCAUGUAUAUGGAGCUUAUGGCAUAGAUUUGAACAUGAGCUUUAAAGAAGAGAAGCUGAUGUUAAUUGAAGAGGGUUGGAUAUUAGCAUAUUGCCAUGUUAGGGGUGGAGGAGAGCAGGGCCUUAGCUGGCACAGAGAUGGAUGUCAGUAUAACAAACUCAAAGGUCUCCAUGACCUCAGGGCUUGCAUCACGCUGCUGCACCAAGAGGGAUUUUCUCAGCCCAAGCACACAGCCCUGGCAGCUGCCAGUGCUGGAGGAGUUCUGGCUGGAGCCCUGUGCAACACCGACCCAGCCCUGCUCAGAGCCAUGGUGUUACAGGCCCCUUUCGUAGAUGUUCUAAAUACAAUGAUGAAAACUCAUCUCCCACUGACAAUUGAGGAACAAGAAGAAUGGGGAAAUCCAUUAGAAGAUGAAAAGUGUAUGAAGUAUAUCAAAAGCUAUUGCCCAUACCAGAAUAUUAAGCCACAGUGCUAUCCAUCAGUUUUUAUCACGGCGUAUGAAAAUGAUGAACGGGUACCACUAACAGGAAUUUUACAGUAUGUUCAGAAGCUCAGGAAGGCUGCACUAGAUCAUGCCAGCAGAACAAGUAAGAAAGGAAAUUGGAUUCCUAAUAUCAUCCUAGAUGUCCAGGCAAAUGGCAGUCAUUGUGAUUCAUCCUGGGAGCACUCACUGAAUGAGGUUGCAAGACACCUUGCUUUUCUGAACAGAGAACUUGAGGAAGUGUGCCAUCCCCAACAUCACAGCAAAUCCUGCAAAUAACUCCCAGACACACUGACCACCUGAGAAACUUAGGGUCAGAUUUGGAUUUGUAUGGAAAGCAAGAGAUCCAUCUCCAGAGGAUCUCUCCUCUCAGAUCCCUGCUUUAUGGGCACAAGCACACAGAGCUGGGUGUGGCACUGCCUUACAAAAAUACAGAGCAAGACCUGGACUUCUGCCCUGCCAGGCUGUGCAGAAGCAGCUGCCAGCAGAAAUGAGUUUGUGCAGCAGCUCUGUUCACUGAGCCAGCAGAGCAGCAGCACACAGAGCCCCACAGGAGAGCCACAGGCACCAGGCACAGCCUUCCUGUCCAAGGCACAUCUCACACGAGGCAGCAGAACUCCUCCAAAGUAUCUGACAUCCAAGUCUCGCUGCUUCCAGAACUAAUUCCCGUACGUAGGUGAUGGGGGUUGCUGCCCUCUCUCUCUGCACAGCAGCCAUGCUGUACUGAUCAUGUGGUGGGACUGAGCAAACUGCAAAGAAAAACACUCUCAAGAACAGGAAUUUUAGCAGAACUCUGAUCUGAAUACAUUAAAAAUCUUUAAGUUGCUUUACCUAGCGUGGUAAUCUUAAGAAGGAGGUGCCGAAUCCCUCAGGAGGACAAGAUCAAUGUGUCAGAAGAUGCCAGAGUAUCUCCAGUAAAACAAAAAGAAUGCCCCCACUAAAGCAGCCUGAUUCAUGACUUAGCUGCCCUCUGAGCAAGGCACAAAUCUGCUGGGCCUUGCUUGUUGAAAGGGAUGUGUGGUGCAUACCCGGGCAACAUCAACGUCUGCAGGUGCAGCAGGUGCCAGUCAGAGCACCUGUGCUGACAUUCAGCGGGGUUGGCUCAGCUGCUUCCUCUGAACUGAAAUACACACCCCUCACCUCAGCCUUAGGGCAAGAAGAGAAAUGAGAGAAUGCAAACAUAUUCUAACUCAGCAAGGAAGGGGGGAAUCAACUGGAAAUGCAGUUAGGAGUGUGGAAUUAGAUAUUAGCUACAUUUUGUUCUUUUUCUUACUAACUUUGAGGAUAAUCAGUUACUAGAUUUGAGAGAAGAGGUG